GCGGUGUAAAUGUGCUGCGGCCCCUUUAAGCGCGACUCCAUUUUUCAGCUAAAUUUUUUAUCAAAGUUCCUGAAAAACUUGAAGGCUCCGAAUCCAGUCCGACUUUAUUAACGAGACGGAUUAACGGAGGGACUUCAGCAGUUAUCCGGCUGAUAUUAAACAACGAAACUACCUACCAUUAGUCUCUUAUUGUUAUCAUCGUCAUCUUUUCAUCAGCAUCUGAGUUUGGAUCAACCCGGAGCAGACAUGACGAAUCUGUGUGGCUCUGCUGAUGUGAGGUCUUUGAUGUCCCAGCGCUCUCUGCCUGGCACACCAGUCACCCACAAGCACCUGCCCAUCGACCUGCGCACAUCCAUGGACGGCAAAUACAAGGAGAUCGCGGAGGAGCUGAUGGCGAUGAGUCUAACAGACAGCGACAUGCGUUGCGCUCCGUACGAGUUUCCUGAAGAGAGUCCCAUUGAACAGCUGGAGGAGAAACGCCACCGUCUGGAGCGACAGAUCAGUCAGGACGUCAAGCUUGAACCAGAGAUUCUGCUGCGAGCGAAACAAGACUUCAUGAAAAUAGACAGCGCAGCAGACCUGGAGAGUCUGAAGGACAGUCAUGUGGACGUGGUGGACCACCAUCAUAUGGAGCGAGAUCCGCUGGUGGAGAAAAAUUUCCAGCGCGUGACCAUCUCAGGAGACGAGAAGUGUGGGGUGCCGUUCACGGAUCUGGUGGAUGCAGCGAAGUGUGUCGUGAAGGCCUUGUUCAUCAGAGAGAAGUACAUGGCUCUUUCUCUGCAGUCCUUCUGUAAAACCACUGCAAAAUCCCUGCAGGAGCUCAGCCAGAGACCGCUGGACGUCGACGUGUACGAGGACCUUCACGACAGUCCCGUCGACUCAGACAUGUCCGUUCACCCGCCUGUGUCAGACACACACCCGUACGAGGGGCAGGACAUGAAGAACCUGCCGCCUGACUCUGGAUACAGCUGCAGAAUGGUGGAUGGAGUCAUUCAUGUCUACACUGCACAAAACCCCAUGGACAAGAGCACCGAGCUGGACCUGCCCUAUCCAGACCUGCAGGAAUACAUCGCAGACAUGAACGUGAUGAUGGCGCUCAUCAUUAACGGCCCCGUGAAGUCGUUCUGUUACCGGCGGCUGCAGUAUCUGAGCUCUAAGUUUCAGAUGCACGUCCUGCUGAACGAGAUGAAGGAGCUCGCCGCGCAGAAGAAGGUCCCACACAGAGACUUCUACAACAUACGCAAGGUGGACACACACAUCCACGCCUCGUCCUGCAUGAACCAGAAGCACCUGCUGCGCUUCAUCAAGAGCGCCAUGAAGAAGUAUCCGGACGAGAUCGUGCACAUGGAGGGCGGCCGCGGCCAGACGCUCACCGAGGUGUUCGAGGAGAUCAACCUGACGGCGUACGACCUGAGCGUGGACACGCUGGACAUGCACGCGGACAGGAACACCUUCCACCGCUUCGACAAAUUCAACUCCAAAUACAACCCCAUCGGAGAGUCCAUCCUCAGAGAGAUCUUCAUCAAGACCGACAACCACAUCCAGGGGAAGUACUUCGGACACAUCAUCAAGGAAGUGAUGUCAGACCUGGAGGAGAGUAAGUAUCAGAACGCUGAGCUGCGUCUGUCCAUUUACGGCCGAUCCAUGGAUGAGUGGGACAAUCUAGCGCUGUGGGCCGUCUCUCACUCCGUCUACUCCGACAACGUGCGCUGGCUCGUGCAGAUCCCACGACUCUUUGAUGUUUACCGCUCUAAGCAGCAGCUGAGUAACUUCCAGCAGAUGCUGGAGAACAUCUUCCUUCCACUGUUUGAGGUCACCAUCAAUCCCAGCAGCCACCCGCAGCUACACCUGUUCCUGCAGCACGUGUUGGGAUUCGACAGUGUGGAUGACGAGUCCAAACCGGAGCAUCACGUCUUCAACCUGGACAGUCCGUCUCCGGAGCGCUGGUGUGACGACAACAACCCGCCGUACUCGUACUACCUGUACUACAUGUACGCCAACAUGACCGUCCUCAACCACCUGCGCAGGAGGCGGGGCUUCCACACCUUCGUGCUGCGACCUCACUGUGGGGAGGCGGGGCCUAUUCAUCACCUGGUGUCUGGAUUCAUGCUGUCAGAAAACAUCUCACAUGGACUACUGCUCAGAAAGGCUCCGGUCCUGCAGUAUCUGUAUUACCUGGCUCAGGUGGGCAUCGCCAUGUCUCCGCUCAGCAACAACAGUCUGUUUCUGAGUUACCAUCGCAACCCUCUGCCCGAGUAUCUGUCCCGCGGCCUGAUGGUGUCUCUGUCCACCGACGACCCGCUGCAGUUCCACUUCACCAAGGAGCCUCUGAUGGAGGAGUACAGCAUCGCCGCUCAGGUCUGGAAACUCAGCUCAUGUGACAUGUGUGAACUCGCCAGAAACAGUGUGUUAAUGAGCGGCUUCUCACACAAGACUAAGAGUCAUUGGCUGGGUCCUGAUUACACUAAAGAGGGUCCCGUCAGUAACGACAUCCGGCGCACAAACGUCCCGGACAUCCGCGUGGGGUAUCGAUACGAGACUCUGAGUGAGGAACUGCACCUGAUCACGCAGGCCGUCCGAACGCAGGAGCUGGACAGAAUCGACGAGGAGGACAGCCUGUCAUUCACAUCCAGCCAAUCAGCACCCUAGAGACGAGCCAUGAAUCUGCCCACACUUUGCCUGUCCAAUCAGCAAGCUCAAGACGAGCCAUGACCCCGCCUGUACAAUCAACACGCUCAAGAUCAGAUCUGACCACGCCCGCACCCCGCCUCUCCAAUCAGCACACUCGAGAUCAGAUCUGACCAUGCCCAUACCUGUAUGUCCAAUCAGCACGCUCGAGAUCAGAUCUGACCACGCCCACACCUGUCUGUCCAAUCAGCACACUUGAGAUCUGAUUUGACCAAGCCCACACACCCCUGUCCAAUCAGCAUGCUCGAGAUCAGAUCUAACCACGCCCACACACCCCUGUCCAAUCAGCACGCUCAAGAUCAGAUUUGACCACACCCAAACACCCCUGUCUAAUCAGCACGCUCGAGAUCAGAUUUGAUCACGCCCAUACCCUACCUGUCCAAUCAGCACACUCGAGAUCAGAUCUGACCACGCCCACACACCCCUGUCCAAUCAGCACAUUCUAGAUCAGAUCUAACCACGCCCACACCCGCCUGUUCAAUCAGCACACUCGAGAUCAGAUCUGACCAUGCCCAUACCUGUAUGUCCAAUCAGCACGCUCGAGAUCAGAUCUGACCACGCCCACACCUGUCUGUCCAAUCAGCACACUUGAGAUCUGAUUUGACCAAGCCCACACACCCCUGUCCAAUCAGCAUGCUCGAGAUCAGAUCUAACCACGCCCACACACCCCUGUCCAAUCAGCACGCUCAAGAUCAGAUUUGACCACGCCCACACACCCCUGUCUAAUCAGCACGCUCGAGAUCAGAUUUGAUCACGCCCAUACCCUACCUGUCCAAUCAGCACAC